AAUGCCAAAGCACGUCUUUACAGCUUCGACAGUGUGAGACUCUCGAGAGCACACACCAACAAAAGCAGCUCCCUCUUUCUCCUUCUUCUGAGAGAGAAAAUUCCACCUUCACCUUCAACAACAAACACAAAAAUGGUGUUGUACAUGAACGCCUUGUUGUACGGCGUUGGAGGAAUAGUAGUUGCAGGUAUGGCGUUGCUGGUUGCGUUUCAGGAGCGACUCGUCUACGUCCCGGUCUUACCUGGUCUCACCAAGUCGUACCCUAUUACUCCUGCUCGUUUGCGUCUCCUUUAUGAAGAUGUAUGGCUCAGAUCGGAAGAUGGUGUUAAGCUCCAUGCCUGGUUCAUCCAGCGAAUUCCCGACUGCCGAGGUCCGACUAUUCUGUUUUUUCAAGAAAAUGCUGGAAAUAUUGCUCAUCGCCUUGAAAUGGUUCGGAUUAUGAUACAGAAGUUGCAGUGCAAUGUUUUUAUGCUUUCUUACAGAGGUUAUGGUGCAAGUGAUGGCUCUCCUUCUCAGCAUGGAAUCACUAAGGACGCUCAGGCUGCAUUGGAUCAUCUGAUGCAGAGGACUGAUAUAGACACAUCUCAGAUAAUUGUGUUUGGGAGGUCUUUGGGUGGUGCAGUUGGAGCUGUUCUCGCGAAGAACAAUCCUGACAAGGUUUCUGCCUUGCUUUUGGAGAAUACAUUCACAUCCAUUUUGGACAUGGCUGGAGUUUUACUGCCUUUCUUGAAGUGGUUUAUUGGCAGAAGCACCGGGAACGGUUUUAAGAUUCUGAACUGUGUAGUCCGUUCUCCUUGGAGUACAAUUGAUAUUAUUGGUCAGGUCAAACAGCCUAUCCUUUUCAUCUCUGGAUUGCAAGAUGAGAUGGUUCCUCCAACCCAUAUGAAAAUGUUGUACGCCAAAGCAGCUGCGCGUAAUAGACGUUGCUAUUUUGUGGAAUUCCCUACUGGCAUGCAUAUGGAUACAUGGCUUACUGGUGGAGAUCGCUAUUGGAGAACAGUCAAUGAAUUUAUGGAAGAACAUGUAUCUGUAAAUAUGCACGACGAGUCUAACUCCAGUAGCACUGAUUCUCAUGCUAGUUAACCAAUGGCUGUUAGAAGAUGUUGAAAGACAAAUCUGCCCUGAGACAUGGUUGAAUAUUUUUUUUGUACCUGUUGUUGCAACGUGUAAAAGCCACCCGCAAAGAGCUGUUUUUCUGGCCAAGAAUCUAAUUGGUGGCUAUGCGUUCUUGCUGUGUCGAACUAGCAAGAACUGAACAGUACAAUGUACUUUGCUGAUGAAUUUUGGUGAGCGAAGUUAUUAGCCUGUGUUCACCAUGCAGUAGAUAGUGAGUAGCAACUAGCAAGGAGAGAGGCAAAACAUACAGUGUAUAGUUUUUGCUCCGAAAAUAGCACAACACAUUUUUCUAUUGUUUUUGAUUCUUUUGCUAAAUCAUUUGUGGAUUGGGAUUUUAGUAUCAGGCUCAAAUGUUGAUUCAGCCUGUAAGAAUCUAACCCCGGCGAGAGUUGAAUGCUGAAUUGUUGUAGUCACUCAUUAUGUUCUUGUUUUGUUUUGUUUUGGUGUUACCACCCAGUUCACCCUUAGGACUAAUCCGAAUUCGGGGCAAGUUCUGCGUGGAUAGGUUCUAGGCCCCUCCAGUAGAUCAAAGUUCUUGUUUUGUUUUGGUUUGAUAGUUAUUUGGAUUCCUGAAGUAGUUUCA